AUGCCGCCUCGAAAUGCCGACCCGCUGCCCGAUGCCAUACCCAUCCCUCAUGUUGUCGCGGUGGGAGAUACGGGCGUGCAGCUCAACCUGAGCGCCGCCGCGUCGCCCUUCAGUUCGGGCCUUGCCGGAGUCAAUCAGACCGCCAACUACCUCUUCGUCUAUGUCCUGCUCGCAUUCUUCCUGGGCCUGCUGCUGGUCACGGCAAUCUAUCGAUGGCUGCUCAUGUUCGACGCGCAGGUGCGCCAUAUGCUCACCAUGGGCCGCGAAGCCGACCAACGAUACUGGAUGCACAAUCACACCGCAUUCUGGCCCAAGGUCAAGAAACACCUUCUUUGGGCACCUCUCUUUCGAGUCCGACACAACACGGAGAUCACCUGGAAAAACACCUCCGUCAGCUUCGGCACAUUGCCAUCACGCUUCCACGCCCUGCUUCUCUUCUCCUACGUCGCUUCCAACAUCGCCUACUGUCUCGCAAUAGACUGGAGCAAAGAAUCCUACGCCGUCGUCGCAGAACUUCGUGGCAGGACCGGAGUUCUGGCCGCGCUUAAUAUAAUACCGACCAUGAUCUUUGCCAUGCGAAACAAUCCUCUCCUACCGGUGCUGCGCGUAUCUUACGACACAUUCAACCUCCUUCACCGAUGGUGUGCUCGCAUCGUCGUCCUGGAAUCCAUCCUUCACACUAUCAUGUGGGCCGUCAACAAUGUCCAAGCUGGUGGCCUCAAACAACUACGAGUUUCACUUGCUACAUCGGUGAGCUAUACAUGGGGAAUGGUCGGCACUUGCGCAUUUGCAAUCAUCUUUCUUGUUUCCGUUGGACCACUUCGACACUCAUUCUACGAGAUCUUCUUGAAUGCACACAGAAUCGGGGUACUCCUUGGAUUGAUUGGUGUCUACGUUCACCUGGACCGAGCAGGGCUGCCACAGCUCCCAUGGAUUCAACUUUGCUUCGCAAUCUGGGUUGCAGAAUGGAUGUGGAGGGCCUUCAGAAUUCUCUACCAUAAUCUGUGUCGGCGAAGAGGUUUCACCAAAGUAACCAUCGAGUGGCUGCCCGCUGAAGCCUGCCGAGUGACAUUCGAACUAUCGCGACCUUGGAGGUGGCAACCGGGAUGCCACGUUCACGCCUACAUCCCAGCCUUGGCAUGGUGGUCGAGCCACCCGUUUUCAGUAGCCUGGGCGGAGACCAAGUCAAAACACCCUUCGAUGGAGAUCGAACUGGAAAAGCUGCCAUCCAGAGAGGCGACGGCCAUACUGAACUCUGGCAGACCACAACGGCCGGCGUUGACCACGCGCGAUUCACACUUCUCGCGGAAGAGCGUAACAGUGCAAGCAAUGGCCACCGUGGCCGAAACCACCCAUCAGCCAGAGCCGAGCAACAUCACACUUCCACGAGAUCGUGAUGUCAACCAGAUUUCGCUCAUUGUACGUGCUCGAAACGGUAUGACACGGAAGCUGCACGACAAGCUUGAAAGAAUGGAACGAAAAACGUUUGUGACAUGGGGCGCUAUCGAAGGGCCUUACGGAGGGCACGAAUCACUUUCGUCAUACGGGACAGUGGUUCUGUUCGCCGGUGGCGUGGGCGUCACACACCAGAUCUCGUACAUCUAUCAUCUCCUGCUGCAACAUCGGGCGGGUACGUGUAGCACACGAAAGAUCCUGUUCAUCUGGUCCGUACCGACUACGGAGAACCUGGAAUGGAUACGAGCCUGGAUGGAUCAGAUCCUACGCAUGGAAGGCCGGAAAGACGUCCUGCGAAUCCAACUGUACGUCACGAAGCCACGACAUCGUGGUGAGGUCGUCUCCAAUUCCGGGUCCAUCAAGAUGUUUGCGGGAAGAGUGAAUCCACAGACGAUUCUGGAAAAGGAGCUGCCCGAACGAAUCGGCAAGAUGGGCGUCACGGUCUGCGGUCCUGGGCCUCUCGCGGACAGCGUGAGAUCAGCAUGUCGCGUCGUCGUCACCGACGGAUCGAUCGAUUUCAUUGAAGAAGCGUUCACGUACUGA